UCGGCCAUUGCGUUCAAACGCAAUCCCAAACGAAAUUCGCAAUUCCAUCUCGUGACCGCGUUUGGGACCAAAACGUUCAUCAACACACGCGUUUGGGCAACCGCAAAAAAGUUCUCUUUCCCAGAUUCAUCACCUUCUCUCCAACAAAAAGCUCAAUUCUCUUCCCUUUAUUUCAUGCACUAAACCAUAGAUUUUUCAUCCUCAUUUUGACCCAAAGAUGAAGAAUGCUCGAAUUCUUACAGUAGAGGUUCCUCGAGGUAGGAGUAAUGAAAAAAUCAAGGCAGUAUGGGACAGGAACUUAACGAUGAUAUUCUGUGAUCUUUGCAUAAAGGAAAAAGAUCAUAAUUGUAGGCGAGGAACUUACUUUAAAAAGGAAGGGUGGUCGAGGUUGGUUGCGAAUUUUAACAAAGAAACUGGUAAAGAAUAUGAAAAGUCGCAGCUGAAGAAUCGAUGGGAUCUACUGAAAAAAGAAUGGAAGCUAUGGAAACAGCUCAAAGGGAAUGAUACCUGUUUGGGUUGGGAUCCUAAUAAGAACAAUAUCGAUACUUCAGAGGCAUGGUGGGAAAAGAAGUUAAAGCUAAUGCCUGAGGCUACAAAGUUCAAAAAUGGUGGUAUUGAUCCAGAAUUAGAAAACAAAUUAGAUUGGAUGUUUCAGGGUAUCAAUGAUGACGUAACUUUCACACCCACAUUUGGCCUACCGUCAAUUGAUGGAACUGAUGAUGAUGAACCGCCUAAAGUAGAGGUUGAGGAGGUUGUCGCUGUAGAAGAUAUUCAAAUGUCGAAAAAGGCAAUGGGUGAACAUUUCAAUGAGAUGGAUAACCAUUGCAUGGAACAGAAUCCUCAGGCUCACUCCGAAUCCGAGCACCAGUCAGAGCCACCGCACCAGAAAAAGAGAUCUCCGGAGUCAGACUCUUCUCAUCUCAACAAGGGUAAAGAGAAAGUACCAAAACUAAUUGGGAGAGUUUCAAAACUAUCUAGGCAGAUAGAUAGAUUGUGUAGUGCAGCCGAAAGUAUGAGUACGGCAACUUCAGCGAAGGUAACUUUUGAGCCAUACAACAUUCCGGAGGCAAUUCGAAUGCUUGAUAACAUGGAGGAAGAAGUUCCGAAGAUGAGCAAAUUGUAUUUUUUUGCCACGAAGCUGUUCAUUGACAAGGAUAAGCGGACGGUAUUUAUGUCGUUGUCAAGUGAUAUCAGAGCUUGGUGGCUUAAAAUGGAGAUGGAGGAGAGCUUCAAGGCUGCUUAAAGGUAUAAAAUGACCACAAUGGUGAGUACUACCAACAUUUUAUAACUUAAUUUCAAUGUAUUUGAUCAAGAUGAUGAUGGUGAUGAAGCUAGGAACCUAACAGUUGGAUGAUAUCUCAUCUAGCUUAAUUAUGUUGUGGGACCCUUGUUGCCUUUAGGUUUGUGGGAAAUGGCUAACAAUCCCAUUUUGAUGUAGAUAGAUUAGUUAAAUGUAUGUUCACUUUUUAUGUUUAUUAGCAGUAAUCAGUGAGUUCAACAUGUUGAUUAAGGGGUA